GAGAGAGAGAGUGAGAGAUCAUCAGACAGUGUGCUGCCAGAAGCCAGCUGCAGGCACGAGUGAGAAACACGAUCGAGCUGCCAAAAGGAGAAGGUGAUCGGUCGAUCAUGGGGAGGCCGCCGUGCUGCGACAAGGUGGGCGUGAAGAAGGGGCCGUGGACGCCGGAGGAGGACAUCAUCCUGGUGUCCUACAUCCAGGAGAACGGCCCGGGGAACUGGCGGGCGGUGCCCAUCAACACCGGCCUCAUGCGCUGCAGCAAGAGCUGCCGCCUCCGCUGGACCAACUACCUCCGCCCCGGCAUCCGCCGCGGCAACUUCACCACGCACGAGGAAGGCAUCAUCGUCCACCUCCAGUCCCUCCUUGGCAACAGAUGGGCCGCGAUCGCGUCUUACCUGCCACAGAGAACGGACAACGACAUCAAGAACUACUGGAACACGCACCUCAAGAAGAAGCUCAAGAAGCAGCAGGCCAUGGGCGCCAUCUUCGCGCCGCCGCCGCCGCCCUCCAGCUCCGCCGAGACAGCCGCCAACCUCCCCGCUGCCGUCCAUCUCGACAACCACCACCACCGAUACCACCAUGACGCGAUCGCCGCCUCCAGCUCCACGGUCGACCACGGCUGCUACAGCAACCCGGAGGUCACCCAGCAUACGACGAUCACCAUGCGCCGCUCGCCAUUCGCCGACGUCGCCGCCGACUGCUCCUCGUCGUCCUACGCCUCCAGCAUGGACAACAUAUCCAGGCUCCUCGGCGGUUUCAUGAAGAGCUCCCCGCCCACCGCCACCGACGUCAAACCCAACAUAGCCGUGGUCACCGACCCUUUCAUGUCCUUCGACCGCAUAUCCGGCACCGGCGCCGAGCUGGCUUUCGUCCCCGGCGUUCAGCAGCUGCAGCAGCAGCCGGUGUUAAUGGGGGGCAUCAGCUAUGAUGACGAGGCCACCAGACAGCAGCAGCAGCAGCUCCAUCAUCAGCUGCCACUGUGUUCGAUCGAGAAGUGGCUUCUCGACGAGGCGGCGGAGCAGGUCGCUGACCUCAUGGAGCUCUCCGACGGUGGCUGCUCCUCCCUGCCAUUGCUGUACUAGCUGGAAAAGGCAAACCAACGAACCAAUGUCACUUUCCAGAUACAUAGUUAAUCGUUUCUACAGUCAAUUACAUGCAUACACAUCCAUAUAUGUAUAAUAGAUAAGCUAAGUAAUUUCUGUUAAUUACAUGUUCUAGCUAGCU